AGUGCGACUAAAGCUAUAAUGAAACAUGAAACUCGCCAGUACAGCAGCAACCCUCACUGCCUUCGCGGUAUUGGGAAAUGCUAAAAUUUGUACGGAAACUGAAGUGGUCAUCUUAGGUGCCGGUGUGACGGGCGUGACUGCUACAGAAACACUGCACAACAAUUGUGUCGAAGAUUUUAUCGUACUAGAGUAUCAGGACCGCAUUGGUGGGCGGAUGCACGAGGUUACCUUUGGCAAAGGGCAACAAUAUGUAGUGGAGGCUGGGGCUAACUGGGUACACGGAACUGGAGGGCCCGAAACACAUGCCACUAAAGCCAACCUCCGCACACUAACCAGUGACGAUGAGAAUGCCACGGUAUACGACCAGACGGGCGAAAUACCACCCGAGCUCCUGUUCAACGCACUGGAAGCUGUCAGCGAAGCCGACUCCAAGGUCCUCGCCGACGCUGGCACCCGACUUUACCACCACCUCGAAGACCGCACAUACCGUGCGGCCCUUCGGCGGCAGGGAUGGAACCCGAAAGAGACAAAUCACAGUCAAGGCGGAAGAAACUUCCGAGAUCUAUACCGCAGUAACCACGAAUGCGACGGCCAAGUUCUUCUCUCACCGAGAGGAGUUCAGCUUCGAUCAACGUGGUUCGCCAUCAUCCUCAGGAAUGUGGCAGAUCCACUCUUCGAAGGACAGAAUGCUUGGCGCCUUCGGAAAAAUACCAUCGUUAAUGAGAUUGAGCACGACGAUGACUCCGUGACAAAUCAUAGCACGGAUUGGAAAUGUGUGCGAGCCAAGUACGCUAUUAUAAAAUUUUCUUUGGAUAUGCCAUUGCGAGCUUCGAAUGGUCACGUAUACCAAAAUAUUCAUGCAAUUUCCGCUUUCCUUCCGGCCCAAGAACCACCAUUGGAUGUUCCCGGUGCGCAUCGGGUUGAGCGGCAAAGCGAGGACAAGACCCAAGCUGAGAUUAUGGAAGUGUUGCACAAGAUCUUUGGGGACGAGGCCGUUCCGGAACCGAUAGACAUUUACUAUGCGAGGUGGACGCAGAAGCCUUGGUCGUACGGCUCGUACUCGAAUUGGCCACCCGCAGUAUCUGCCCAGACGCAUCAGAAUCUCCGAGCGAAUGUUGGACGGGUUUUAGGAAGGGAUGGGGCCACUUUGUUUCUUGAGUUCGCCUAA